CGUCAGCUUUUGUGCUCCUGAGAUGCUGCUUGGCCUGCUGUGUUCAUCCAGCCUCACAUUUUGUUAUCUUGAAAUAAAAUAACAGCUUUUUCUGAAGAAGGGUCUAGGCCUGAAACGUCAGCUUUUGUGCUCCUAAAAAUGCUGCUUGGCCUGCUGUGUUCAUCCAGCUCCACACUUUGUUAUCUCGGAUUCUCCAGCAUCUGCAGUUCCCAUUAUCUCUAAAAUAACAGCUGUGCAGCUUACAGUGUGUUUCAAGACUCUCCACUGAAGCAACAUAAGGAUUAUGAGGAUAUUGCGCCAAUAUUGAAAAAAUAUAAAAUGUUGAACUAGGUAAACUAAUCUUACAUUUGUAUAGCCUUCAAAACUUGUUUUUCCAGAGAAGUAUUCAAUAAUAGACAACAAUGGAACACACAAGAUAAGUGACGGCGAUCUCUGAUUGCCUACCUACUGCCACUCGGGGCCGCCGGUUCAGAUCCACUUUGCUCUCUGCUUUCAACAACGAAGUCAGCACAGUCUCUAAACGCGAGUCCAGCUCAUUGCCCACUUGCUGCCGGUACCAGUAAGCCGCAAAAACGGCGAAGAAGGAAAAGGCAACACUGCAUUUCAGUCCGUGACCCAUCGCGAACCUACGUUCAGCGGGAACGACAAAGCCCAACCUGCGCUCCGCAGGUAAAUCCAGAGGGCGAGGGUCUAAGGGUCACCAAGGCAACAGAACCCGUGCUCGCGAGACACGGUUUCACCACCGAACCUUCACUGGGAUCACCCAGGAAACGGCCACGUAACACCGUUCAAAUCUUAACUGUUUCACAGGACCCCCAAAAGUCGAACACCAUUAACCGAACUUUCAUUCUGGAAAUACGUAUUCAUUAGUUAAACAAGUAACAGAAAUUCCUCCAUUGGAAGAAAAAAUUCUCUCUAAAGAAGAGAUCAUGAGAUACAGCAGACAGCUCAUCAUCCCAGAGUUUGGAGUCAAAGGCCAGCUGAAUCUGUCCAAGACGGCUGUUCUGAUUGUUGGAUGUGGAGGGCUUGGCUGCCCUGCAGCUCAAUACUUGGCUGCUGCAGGCAUUGGUCGAUUAGGACUCCUUGAUUAUGAUGACGUGGAACUUACUAACCUACAAAGACAGAUUCUCCAUGCAGAAGAUAAAUUAGGCAUACCAAAAGCAUUGUCUGCAGCAGUGACAGUAAGUCAGCUAAAUUCAAAUGUUGAAUGCAUACCAUAUCACUUUCAGUUGAGCUACAAGAAUGCAAAGCAACUUAUUCAACAAUAUGACAUUGUGGUAGAUUGCUCUGACAAUGUCCCUACACGGUUUCUUGUCAAUGACACGUGUGUUCUGAAUGGGAAGCCUCUGGUAUCAGCUAGUGCUCUAAGAAUGGAGGGACAACUUACAGUAUAUAACUACAAUGGUGGCCCCUGUUAUAGAUGCCUCUAUCCAAAGCCACCUCCAGCUGAGACUGUAACUAAUUGUUCCGAUGGUGGAGUCUUGGGAAUAGUGCCUGGAAUUCUGGGAUGUAUUCAGGCACUGGAGGUGCUGAAGAUUGCGUCAGGGAUAGGAUCAUCUUACAGCCAACAGAUGUUAAUAUUUGAUGCGCUGGAAACUCGUUUUCGCACCAUUAAGCUUCGUUCCAAGCAGCCAACAUGUGCAGUGUGUGGUGAGAAUCCAAUGGUGAAAGAUCUGAUUGACUAUGAAAAAUUCUGUGGCUCAGCAGCAACAGAUCAGUGUAGGACACUUCAUUUAUUAACUGGAGAACAAAGAAUAACUGUUCAGGAAUAUAAACAACUGUUAGAUCAAGGUGUUCCUCAUGUUCUGGUAGAUGUUCGUCCAAAGGCGGAAGUUGAUAUUUGCCAACUACCUCAUUCCAUUUAUUUUCCAUUGGCUAAAUUAGAGGAAAAGAAUGCUGAAUUCAUAAAACUUUUACAGAAUAGUAUUGUCACAAGCAGAAAGGAGGCAAUGGCUGAAGUUGCUGCUUUUCCAGUCUAUGUUAUCUGUAAACAAGGAAAUGAUUCCCAGAAGGCUGUUAAAAUCCUGCAAGAGAUACUUGACAAUGAGCUCUCCCCAUUAUCGGUGAAGGAUAUUCAGGGUGGCCUAAUGGCUUGGGCCUGUAAGAUUGAUCCAACUUUCCCACAGUAUUGAUUGCUGGAAACGAGGAAUGGAAGGCAAUCAGUUAACACAAUUUUUAAAAAAAAAUUGCAAUGUAUUUAUUGUUCAGUGCACUGUUAAUUGUCAAUAGAUAUAAGUGGAAAUUCAUUUUUAACAUUCCAUAGAUUUGUUCCAUUUGAAGUGCUUUUCAAUUAAGGAAAGAUAAUUUAGCAAUUUAGUAACUCUGUACCAGUGUGCAGAAAAUCUCACGGGUUGGGUUUGAUUCACUUUAUUAAGUGUCUUGUGUUACUGGCCAAAUGCUGUGCUGCUGAAUUACUAAUUUUGAAAUUUUGAGAGAAUAUCAAAAUGAGCUUAAGUGCACAUUUUUUAUAAAUAUGUGCAUGAGGACCAUAGAGUUUUAUCUUCAGCAUUACAGUGGCAGUAUCAAUUUCUGAACAUUUUCAACUUCGUGGUGCAGGCUGGAUUGUUUGGAAGACAUCGUGAAUAUUUCAAAAUUGAAAUUUGGUGCUUCCUAGGACAUGAUUUCAUUUUUAAAGCUGACUGUGGCACUCUUGAUUCUGCUAUUUCUGACUAAGAUUUCUGCAAACCAAUUAGGAAAUAGUAAGUCUUGUUGCAGUUCUUGCAUAAGAUUUAUUCUGUAAAUGUACCUCAUUUAAUUAAAUGUGAACUUAUUAGGUCUGUUUAUUGUAAACAAUGAAUCACAACCUAUCCUCUGUAAUAUAGAUGACAUCAUUAUAUGUGAAGUAAAGUAUAUGUGAAGUAAAGUAUCUAUUUGUAUGAUAGUAUUGUAAUCAUGUAUGACCCAUGCCAGUUUUUUUUAAAUGUGCUGACACUUUUUAACUAAUCAAAUUUGGGAGUUUUGGAAUUCCAAAAGUUGACAUUGUGGAGUUAAUGAAAAGGAAAAAUCGAGCAAGUCAAUCUUUCCAGUAUCUGCCUUGUUUUUAACGUUGCUUUCUAAGGGAGAAUAUACACCAAUCCUUCAGAAUAAUCUCAGGUCUAGAGUUUACCAUAUUCCUUGUAAUUUUUCUCAAGUGCCUUUUUAUCUUGAGCCAUUUAAUAUUUCCAAAGCUGUAAUGAGAAAAUAAUUCUUUGAACCUUACAAUUAUAGUUUUUACUGUAAGAAAAUGCUGUAUAGUGAAAGGAUAUGCUUUAAUAAAAGGGGAUUUGAAAAUUU